UUCCAGGUUUAAUUUAACGUCUGAGACUUAAUUUGAAUGAAAAAACAGUUUUAUUUUAAUUUCGAAAACCUUACGAAUUUUCGAUUACUUGUCAGUCGAGUAGUGAAGUUCAGUGAAAAUAGACAGUGAAUAUGAACCAGGAGGAAAAAAAGUGAUUUUUUCAAUAAAUUAAUAAUAAAUUAAUGAACAAUUAUCAAAAUAAAAAAUAAAGUGAAGAAAAAAGAAACAUUUGUGAAAAAAAUUUAUUUAAAAUUAAGAGUGUAAGUGUCAAAAAAGAAGAAAUUUUUGUUUUUAUGUCUACAGGAAAGCAAAAAGAGGGAAGAAAAAAGAAAAUUUCGCAUGGAGUUUUUCUUUCUUUUCUUUUGAAAAUGCAAAGCACAAAAUAUUAAUGUAAAAGAAAAAAAAAUUAUGAAUGUUGAGUUCAAAGGAAAUCCAAAAAAAAUUCCCAGCAUUGUAAUCAGAGGAUCAUCUAUUUCAGCUUUAUGAUUUUUAACUACCCCUUAGCGAUCAUCCAACAGUCAUCAAAUUAUUGUUGUUAUAUUAAAGUUUUUUUUAAUUUAAUUUUUUUUUUGAAAUUAUAAAGUGAAAAAAAAUUUGUGAGAAAGUUUGAAAAAAUUUUUCUUUUUGAAUUUCUCAUGAUUAAAAAAUAAUAUGAAAAUGAAAUAAGAAAGCAUUAGCUUGUUCAAAGAAUAUAUAGUGUAUUCUACUAAUUUUUAAUUGAGUUUCAGUUUAAUGCAAAAAAUGGUAAAUUUCUAAAUAAUAUUUUAUAUCAAUUUCAGUGUUUAAAGAAAAAGAGAAAGAAAAAAAUUGUGUCACAAAAAUAAAUAUUCUUCUGGAAAUAAAGUAUAAACUUCAGCAAGAGAAGUUGAAUGAAUAAGUUGAAAAUAAGAGGAAUAACAGUGGAUGCAAAAGAAAAAAGAAAAAUUGUACGCAAUUAAAGCAGAAAAAGAAGAAGUAUGGAAAAGUUUGUAAUUUUGAUGUAAAAAAGAAAGCAGAAAUUGCUAAUGAAAUCCAAAUAGCUGCAUAUUCAGCUAUUGAAAAGUGUUUAAUGGAAUAAAAUGAAAAUUUUCAACCCAGUGUAAAAGAAAAAUUUGAGAAAAUCGUGACGUGCCAAAAAAAUAAGUGAAGCAGAAAGGAAAAGAGAAGAAAAAAAAUCUUGAAUAAAUUCCAAAAAAAGUUGAUCUCUUAAAAAUAAGAAAAAAAGGAGUAAAAAAAAGUAUCCUGCAAUUAAGGAAGAAAAUAAAAAAAAAUAUAGAUCUAAGGUACGGUCGCGUCAUUGCAGAAAAGUACACAAUCAAGUUCGGAAUUUGAUCGCGAAGCUGAUAACGUAUUAUAAAAUCGUGAUAAAAGACGCGCAAAAAGUAAUUGUGAGUUGUGUAUAAUUGUGUCCGAUAAGACGAAGGCCUCCUCCAUGAAUCAGUUGUGGCAAAAUGGUACGCGAGACUCGUCAUCUUUGGGUUGCAAAUUUACCCGAUAAUACACGCGAAGAUCGAAUAAGGGAGCACUUUCAAAGAUAUGGCAGAGUGCAAAGUGUUAAAAUUAUCACAUCAUCGGGCACAGUACCACCAAUUACAUCAACCACAGAGUCGCAAGCUGGUGAACACAAACUGGUCGUAUCGUCUUCCACACACCAUCAUCACCAUUCAUCAAGCAUCGGAAAAUGUCAUCAGACAAAUAGCAACAAUAAUAUUAAUAAUAUUAAUUGUAGUAAUAAUAGUAACGCAUCACAACCCACCGUUGGAUCAAAUUCACUACACAAUAAUAAUAACCCAUUGGAACAAUCAAAUGGAACAAUUGGCGGUGUCACUAGUUGUAGUAUUCUUAGUAAUGUCUCUAGUAGUAAUUCAUCAUCAUAUAAUGGAAUGCCAACAGUUGGCAUAUGCGCGACAGUUGCAUUCAUGGAUAUUAAGUCAGCAUCGAAAGCUCAUCUCGCCGAGAAUAAAUUCGAUGAUCGUAUUCUAACAACAGAAUAUUAUGAACCGACAGCAAUGCAACAGCAUAGUACAUCAACAAUGGGUGAGGGUGGUAGUAGCAUAGUUAUUAAUAAUAAUAAGACGAACGAUAAUACUGGUGAUAUGAAACAAGAGACAACAGCUACAAUACCACACGGACGGUAUACAUCAACAUCAAGUCAUGGAUCAUCAGACGACCAUUCGCCAGGUUACGACAGGACGAAUUUUUAUGAUCGUGUGAGUACAAGUCAAAGCGGAAAUCGUAAUACUGAAACGUCGACAACUGAUUUUAUUCGACGUAAUAGUUAUCAUUCAAAUGAUAUUAGAGGCCGGCAACGAGAUCGUCACUUUAGAAAUAGUCCUUAUUCAUUAAUCGUAGAUAGAUCAAAUCAAAUUAGUCAUCAUAGAUUGACGUCAAAUACAUGGUACGAGACGUCUCCAUCAUCGUCGAGCUCACGUAGCCAUUAUAGUCAAACAAAUUUAAGCAACUCCAAUAAUACAGUUUUUCAACAACCCGAUUCAUCAUACGAUCGUCAUAGUGAUUUAAGUGAUCAACAGACAUCAUCACCUAGUGCUGUUACGACUUCAAAUAGCAAUAAUAUUUUAAAGGACUCCAAACUCCUGACGACACAAACGCAAGCACUUAUAUCAGCAACUGAACCGCCGUACAAAUCUAAAUUGUUGGUAAAUAAUCAUCAUCAUCACCAUAAGUCAAUAAAGUCGAGAUCGGGUAGUGAAUCACCAAUAAGUAACCGAUCAUCAAGGUCGCAUUCUAGAAGCCCAAGUAGUUGUAGUUCAACGCAUAGUAGUAGCCCAACAUCAUCUCGAGAUUCAAAUUCAAGUCCAAUUUCAAUAUCGGCAAAUACUGGUGAUUUAAUUACUCACAAUACACCGUCCGCUCAUCAUCAUUCACAUCAUCGACAUCUUAAAAAUAGUUCGAGUAAGUCCUUAUCCGGUAGUUCACAUCACAGUCAGCGUCAUCGGAGAAACCUUCAAGCGUCAUUAUCAAACGUUCCAUUACAAAGUUCUAUCGACAAACCUGCAAGUAGUACAUCUUCAUUAUCGUCUUCUGGAAGCCUAAGUGGAUCAAAUUCACUUGGAUUUUACUCGGAAGACAAUAGGCCAUUAGCAAUUUGUGUAAGAAACCUGCCUCUUCGAUCAUCCGAUACGUCACUGAAGGAUGGCUUAUUUCAUGAGUACAAAAAGCAUGGAAAAGUGACGUGGGUGAAGGUUGUCGGACAGAAUCACGAUCGAUACGCUUUAGUGUGCUUCAAGAAACCAGAAGAUGUCGAUAAAGCAUUAGAAGUUUCUCAAGAUAAGUUAUUUUUUGGCUGUAAAAUUGAAGUUCAACCGUACCAAGGCUAUGACGUGGACGAUAACGAGUUUCGUCCAUAUGAAGCCGAAUUAGAUGAAUAUCAGCCAAAAUCUACCCGCACACUGUUUAUUGGUAAUUUAGAGAAGGACAUUACCGUAGCAGAAUUAAGAAAACAUUUUGAGUGUUUUGGUGAAAUAUUAGAAAUUGAUAUAAAGAAACAGGGCUCAUCACCAUACGCAUUUUGUCAAUACGCUGAUAUUGUUUCCGUUGUUAAAGCUGUACGUAAAAUGGAUGGUGAACAUUUGGGCUCGACAAGAAUAAAAUUAGGCUUUGGAAAAUCAAUGCCCACGACAUGUGUGUGGUUUGAUGGUAUUGCCGACAGUGUGACUGAUCAUUAUCUAAGUCAACAGUGUUCUCGCUACGGAACUGUACAAAAAGUAACUAUUGAUAGAGAGAGGCGAAUGGCAUUAGUGACAUUUGAUCAAAUACAGUCAGCGCAACAAGCAGUUAAAGAAAUGCGUGGUAUACCAAUGCGUGGUCGUAAAUUACAGGUUGACUUCGCUUCACGAGAGUGUAUUGAUGCAUUUUAUGCGCGACUAGAAAAACAUACAAAUGCAACAAAUAGUUCUAAUUACGAAAUGUCUACAACUCCGGGAACUAAUUGUAAUAAUCGUUAUUUAACAAAUUUAAGUCGAUCGAGGGCGAGUAGUUUUAGUCGGCCUGGUAAUCCAAUGAGUGGUACAGCAUCACCAACAAGUACACCUAGUGCCGGCUCAACACCAAGGCACUUAUCAGCGGGGAGUGUGUCGAGGAAAUUUCGAUAUGCGACUGGAUCGCCUGAAUUUUACGAUUCCACUGAAUAUUUAGAUACCUAUGGAACUUAUGAUCCAGAUCGAGGAGUCGAUUCAGAUCAUAUGACUACAAAUGAUGGUGAAGCAACUUUGCUAUCUCGUAGAAGAUGUGAUAAAAGUCCAGUUGAAAGGCCAAGAGGAGAGUCAGAAGGACCUGGAGUUGUUUCAUCUGUUUUGCGACGACGAUGUGAUAGAAGUCCAGGUGAAAUGAGAAUUUUAGAGAGUCAAAGGCACAAAAUUCUCGAUCAAUUGGAAAAAUGUCCGUCCAGUGGCGAUGAAGCCGAAAGUCCAAAAAAGCGUGCAAAAUAUAGUCAAGAAGUUGAGGAUCACCAUCAUCAUCACAAUAAUCACCAUGAUUCAAGUACAACAAAUUGUAAUGGAAAAGUCCUUGAUCAUCGGGAGCACUCCUCAUAUAAUUCCACUUAUAAUCACCACCGUCAUUAUCAUAAUGAAUUAGCUCAUCGAAAGACUGUUGAAAUUAGACGAUUAUCAGAUUGUAAUAUAAAACAUACAGCGAGUGUUCCAGGAGGUGCAAUGACUACUAAUUUUACAAAAACAAGUCGACGACCGUCCACAGAUAGUUUAUCAAGAUAUUCAAAUACACAAGUUGAAAACUAUCAGCUACAUAAAAGAAGAAAAACGUCGGCAGGAGCAAGCACAUCUAGUUCAUCUUCAUCAAUGACAGCAAAUGAGUUGGAAAUUAAAAGUCGAAUACAUCCCAUUCAAUCCUUUGAAACAUCAGGUGGUGAGAGUGAGCAUGGCUCAAGACCUGAUACACCGCUUUUUGAUGAGAAACCAGACAAUGCUCCUACAGAUCCUCGUCAAAACAGACCGAGAAUAUCAAGAGAACCACUUAACCUACCGCUUCCGAAAUUCGCUCAAGGAUUUCACCAACAACUACGUCAAACCAACCAGCUACUACCAUCAUCGCAUGCAAUAAUGAAUGUAGAGAAAUAUGAAAACAGUACAUUAACGUCUGCAUUUGCCCACCAUUCUAGUCUUAUACAUAAAUCUAUUAGCCCAUCACCUCAACAUCAUCCGGAGAGAUCGCGUUCAAAUUCAAUAAUGCCACCUAUAUCAAGCGGGAGUUCAAUAUCAGAAACACUCCUCACAAGUCCCCGUCCUCCAUCACUUACAUCGAAUUCAAGUGAUUCAGAACAGGAACUUUGUACAAUCGGUGUUGGUGGACUUAGCACCUCUCCAUCACUAGAGGAACGACUAAAGAAAUUAUCUGAAGACUAUGACAGUUGGAGUAGCAAUGGACGAUCGUCUUCAUCAUCACAUUAUAUGAAUAAUUUAAAGCAUUCAGUUCCAGAAAUUCCAAUACCAGAAACACCAGAGCUACUAAGGAAUGUCUUAAAAAAUUCAAUGUUUGAUGAAGAUAUGAAACGACUGGAAAACAUAAAUACCCAAGCACCUACAUCUACUAGUAUUAACGUAAAGAACAAUUUUGGAUCAUUUAAUUCAAACCAUAUGAGUCUUACUGGAACAUUGUCGCCUCUUAUGAGUAUGAGUCCAAUAUGUUCAAUUUCAACAGUGUCAGCAGCCGUAUUGCAUUCCGAGUCGUUAUUGAGUGGAGCAACAUUGGGAAAGUUGCAUAUGCCAGCUCAACAACAACCAGUAAUUACAACAGUGAUUCAACAUCGACUUGGAUCAUCAAGUACUGGCUCUCCAAUGAAUAGUCCAAAUACAUCAUCUCCUUAUAAUAGUCCGAAUCCAUCAUCAGCUUCUUCAAUAUCAUCAUUAAAAGGCCUUCAAUAUCCUUUUCCUUCACACACAACAACAACGACAUGUAGUUCAGUUGUCUCAAAUAAUACAUCCACAAGCAUUGUCUCGACAUGUUCAACUUCGACUUCAGUGUCAUCAGUAACGUCAAUUAAUCCAGCAACAUCAAUAGUAUCGACAACAGCUACAGUAAGCUCACAACAGAAACCAAAGACAUGCACAUUGAGCAAAAGUGUUUCACAGCAGGAAUCACCAUCUGCCACAACAGGAACUAAUAAUAAUCAUAGUAAUAAUAAUUUUAAUGCUAGUUUUAAUAAAAGUAGUACAAAUAAUCUUAAUAAUAAUAGUUCUAACGAUAAUCCUACGACAUCGAAACAGUUAGUGAAAAGUAUAUCACUUCCAAGUUGUGGUAGUUCUGUUGGUGAAACUGAAAAUAUUAAAAUUGAAGAGAAGAAAAUUGAUGUGCAUGAAACAGGAGUGAAAAGUCCUAAUGAUGACAUUAAGAAAGAGCAUGAAAUAGUUGAGAAGAAAAAUCAUGUAAAGGAUCGUCGAAAGAAUAGUGAAAAUGACGAGAUACAUGCUGUUAAAGAUGAUGUUAAAGAGCACAUGAGGAAAGAAAAAGAGCCAUGUAGAAAGGAGAAAGAAGGCAAAAAGAAUCGUGAGAAAGAAUUUGUUGAAGAGAAAAAGAUAAAAUCAGAAGCAGCUGUACUAAAAACUAUAUCAAAGAAGACUAAAGCUGAUGAUAGCUGUUCUGAAGACAAGAAAGAAGGAAUCUUUGAACGAGCGCCAUCACCAGGUUUACUACAAAGAAAAUCAAGACGAGCAAGCACGGAUGAUAUGUCAGGAGUUGACUCGUCUGCUGAAACAGUAAAUCAUUUGGAAAAUAAUAAGUCACAAGACAAAAAAGAUGGCAAGCACCAUGAGGCAAAUAAAAACAACUCGAAACAUCAUCAUCAUGUGCACAAAGAGAGAAAGAACUCGAUUAAGGACAAACUUCAUAACAACGAUGAGGAUUUGCAUACAAGGACAGCAAAGCAAAAUGAUUUAAAUUCUUCAAAAGAUUCCAUUUUUGAUGAGCUGAAAAGAAAUACAAAAGAUAAUAUCAUUAAAACUAAUGAUAAGGUGCAUAAAAAUAAGAAGCAUCAUCACCAUCAUAGAGAUAACGGUAAUAAAGAUAAAGAAAAUCAAACACACCAAGUCCAUCAUUAUAAUGAUAUCUCAAGUGCAAUAAUAACGGAUGAUGUAAUAAAUCGAUCAAGUGAUGAUGAUAAUUUAUCGCUGAAGCAUAAUCAUAAUGGAAAGAAACAAGAUUUUUCUGAUCAAGAAAAUGAAAUAACAGCUAAUCAUAAGAAGCACGAUGAUCAUCAUGGGAAGUCUCCGGAUGAUAAUCAUGGCAAGAAAAAGUAUCAGAGGAGGAAUCUUAAUAUAAGCAUUAGCACCGAUGAUUCUGAAGAUUCUGAUGGCAAUAAUAAGAAAACAUCAUUUUUUGACAUUCUUGAUGAUGGUCCAAACAUUUCCAUGUAUGAUAAGGUGAAAGCUCGUUCCUGUAAAAAUCUUAAAAAGCAAGAAGAGGAAAAGAAAAUCAAGGAUAAGUUUACAGCACUAAAACAAUCAAGAGCUAAGCGUGAAAAGAAACGAUUAAAUACAUCUGAAGAUGAUAGCGAUAGUGAUAUGCACGACACAAACAGUAAUGAUAUGUUCCUGAGUAAAUUCAAAAAGUCACAUCUUAGUGCGACUGAUGAUGAAAUGAGAGAAUCGGACGAUGAAAUUAUCACGAAGAAAAAUCACAAGAGUCGUAAUCAUUUAAAUAUUUGUGACGACGAAAGUUCUGAAAGUGGAAUUAACAUUCACGAUGGACUUCGGAAGAAAAACAAGUUCUUUAAUCGUAAAAAUUCUCGAAUUGUCAUUGAUUCAUCUGAAGAUGAUAUGCCAGUGAUGAAUGAUUCCAUUGAAAUCAAGGAAGAACCAAUUGAUAGUUUUGAUGAAUUAAAGAAGCCAGAAGAACAUGAAUUUGAAAAGAAUUACAAUAAGCACGGUUCUAAGAAACGUCAUCAUGAUAAAGUCAACAAGGAUGAUAAGACAAAUAAGAAGUCUAAGAAAAUUUCAAAAGAACAUCACAGAAAGUCAACAUCUUCAACUGACAGUAUGCAAAAGAGGGAAGAUGACAUUUUCGGUUCAGUUUCUGAAGAAGAUCAUCCAAUAUCAUCAAUAAUUAAGCCUGAAAUAAAGAAUGAUUUACAAGUUGUUCUCACUGACAUCAAAAAGGAAAAGAUUGAUGAAUUAAUUGGAUCUGAUACGCUUGAAGUUCUAACACCAAAAGAACGUCAACGCGAAGAAUCCAAGAAACGGAAAGAGAAACGAGAACGAAGACGUGAAAGAGAGAAACAGCGAAUAAUUAAAGAGGAAGAAAAUAGUGUAGAUCUAGAUGAGGCUGGACGGGCAUUAGAAGCUCAACUAAUGAGCGAUUCGGACCAUAAAAUAAACAACAACGAAAUUUCUAAAGAGCUUAAAACAGACGAUGUGUUUCACUUCACAGAUGAUGAUAUCAAACAUCAUGAUUCAAGUAAGAAGAAAAAGAAGAAGAAACGCACGAAAGAAGAGAGAAAACAUCACCAUAACCAUCAUCAUUAUGAUAAUAUAAUAAAAGAAGAACCAAUUGAUGCUAAUAUGGAGACUGCAAGUCAAUUCAACAACAAUAACAAUACUAAAAUGAAUCUGGAUGUUGUAUGUGAAGAUGUUAUUAAGCCUUCAGUGCCGUCACUAAUUAUUGAUGAAACUAGUAAGGUUGAAUCAAAUCCUCCACAACUUUUGUCACCUGUCUCGCAAAUAAAGAAGGAAUCAAAACCGAAACCUGAAAUGACAAUCCCUGGUUUUGGUGGAGUUCCAAUCGAUGAAACAGUUCAUGAAAAAGCUGUUAUGUCAAUUGCAGCUGAACUGGAAAAGAAGCCUAUUGUAAUAAAGGAGGAAGUUUCAAAUGUACCUGCUGAAACAACAACUACCAUUCAUGACAAAAAGUCAUCAAAAACAGAGAGUGAAAAACCUGAAGAGAAAUCACGUGUAAUUAUCUCACAAGAGGAAACAGAAGAUGCUGUUGCAGCAUUGUUGGGAGAAAGUUUCAGUAUGACACAUGAAGAUUAUAACGAUCCAUAUGACGUCCCUAUUGUAAGUGCUGACAAUGACAUCCCAGAAAGUAUUGAAGAUCUUUCAAUAAUUCCACCAGAAGAAGAUGAGGAAAUGAAAAAGGCAAUUAUGAGCCUUAAUUCCGAAAUUGAGCGAAAAAUUGAUACGCCACAAUCAGAGCACGAUCUUCAAAUUGAUACUGACACAGAAGAUCCUGUGGAGGAAGAGAAUUUAAGUAAUCCUCAGUUGUCGUUCGAUGAACCACCCAAAACUCCUGAUGUAGAAGUAGCUCCAACUGAGAAAGAGAAACUAGACAUUUCAGAUUCUUCAGAAAAAUCUUUAAAGAUUGAUGAAGAACCUACAAAAGAGGUAUCUCAGUUAAAUGAAGCAUUAAAAUCAAUUAAAGAACCAGAAAAGGAAAUUAUACCGAAACCAGUUGAGAAGGUGGUUGAAGAGGUUAAAAAGGAAGAGAAAAUUGUGGAAAAAGUAGAAAAGGUAGCAAAAUCAUCUACUGUUCAUAGAUAUGAACCACCCACAAUAACUAUUCCAACUGAACAACAAUUAUCAUCGUUUAAUGAUAAAUCAUCUCCAAGAAAACAUCAAUCGAGUCCGACGAAAAUCAAUCCAUUGUAUAGUCCAAUUACACCUGCUAUUGGAAAAGAUUCGCAGAUUAAUAUUUUCACUAUGAAUACAUCAAAUACACCUACAAUUAUUUCUCCGACACAAAGUGGGCCUAAAAUUAUUGCAAUUCCAAAUAAAGCUGAAAAUAAGACGAUAUUGAUACACACUUCAAAUGUCCAAACUCCACAACCACUGCAACAACAUUCUCCUCAGUCUAACAAUGUUCCAAAAGUUAUUACACCAAUCAUAACACCUGUAAUUGAAAGUAAGGAGCCUAUUCCACAGCCGCAGAAUAUUCAAGUAAUUCCAAAGUUCACUCAAAUAACAGUGCCUGAAAGAAAGGUAGAAAUAAAACCAGUAAGUGUGGUGCAAAAGCCCGUGACGCAACCAAAUACAAUUCGUCAAUCCCAAAUUAUUUAUCCACCAACAACUAUCAACUCUGCUCAUGUUGUUCAGACUAAGAAUGUUCAACUAGAUGUUCCAGUUGAGCCGAAAGAGAAAAUCAAUCAAUGGCAACCAGAGCCUAAUACAGUCAUACAGAAAGUUGAAGAUAGUAAAAAGGAAGACGAAGUCGCAGUUCAACAAGAAAAGGUUGUUGAGAAACCAUUGGAAAAGAAGGAAACUUUAUCGGAAACUUCCCACGAAGAUGAUGAAACUGAAGGAAGUUCACUUGAUAACUCAAUAGAAAAAGAAAAUCCAAACUUUAAGAAAAAUAGGGGUGGUGGUAAGCAACGUGGAAGAAAAGGUGCUAUUGCUCAAUCACCUCCACGAGUUCAACAGCCUAUUCAAGAGGAAGUGCCGUCUUCACCUCAAACUAGACGUGGUGGGAAGACAGCAAAUGCAGCAAAACGUGGUCGAGGUGGAAAAACUACAAAUCCAAAGAGUAUUGUGUUUACUCCACAACAGUCAUUGCCUUUAUCACCGCCAACAUCCGGACCUAGACAGCAAAAGAUUUCAGAAUCGGAUGUUUAUGAGUUCCACGAUGAUUCGGGUGAAGAAUUAAUAAAAUCUGCAGAUCCAAGACCACGUUUGAUUAUGACGAUUAAGAGUACAGCUUCAACGACAUCAACUGUUACUCAGCCUGUCACUACACAAUCUACAAUUAUUCAGAGUACAUGCUCAGUAACACCAGUUGUUUCAACAGUUACGACAAGUACUACAGCUGUAUCAAAUAAUCCCAUCGUACCACAACCGACAGUUAUUGAGUCACCUCCAGAACAUUUGAUUCCACCUUCUCCAUCACAGCCACAAAUUUCAUCACCAGCUCAUCAUCCUGAUGAAUUUGUUCAGCCUGGUAAUACAAGAAAAUCAAAAAGAUUACUUGAGAAGGAUGGACCAAGAACUUCUGUUGAUGAUACAAUUGAUGAUGUUAUUCGAAAUUCAAUGCCUGCAAUUUUAUCAAAUAUGGCUAAUGCAAGAACAAAUCGAGUAACAAGACAAAAUCCAGUUCCACAAGUAAACGUUGUGCAAAGCAAUCUUCCAAUAAAUCCACAACCGAUAACACAACCAACAGUUCCUAUUCCAAUUGAGACUAAGAAACAGACACGUACAAAUAAAAAGCAAAAGGAUAGAAAGGCUUCAGAAACAUCUGAAAGUGAAAAUGAAAAGAAGGAUGAAAAGUCAAAUGUUGUUGUUACAACUAUGCAGCAAGUUAUUCCACCAGUUGAAGCAGAAAUCAAGCCAAUUUUAAUUAAAGCUCCAAUUCAGCCAGAACCACCUAAAAUUAUUCAAUUACCUACACAGAUCUCCGUCACGAAACCACAUCAGGAAAUGCUACCACCGAAAAAAGAGGGUACAGAAUUAUUACAACUUAUUGAUCCAGUAACAGGUGAAUUACAAAAGAUGACGCAAAGCAAGGAAGGUCAAUAUGUUCCUGUGUCAGAUAAUAGAACGACAAUAUUACAGCAACCACCUACACAAACAGUCGUUGUUACUCAAUCGGCACCAAUUAUUGUCUCACAACCUGCUCCAGCUAUUGUUCAGCCAGUAUAUCAUAUUGAGCAAACUAAAUUGCACCAUCAAAAUCAUACAAUUCAACAGCCAAAUCAUCCUAUGCCUCAAAAUCAUCCAUUACAACAACAACAACAAAAUCAUUCAGUUCUGCAGCAUCAACAAAGUCAUUCAGUUUUGCAAACUCAUCCUUUGCAGCAGCAUCAAGAUGAGAAGAAGAUAAUUCCACCACCUUCAAUGCCUCAUAAUGUUAUUAAGGUAUCUUCACCAGUCGUUAUCGAACCUCCAAAAUCUUCAAUUAUAACGGAACCACCGCAUGUAAUAAAGCCUGUAAUUACACAAAAUCCACAAGCAAUGGCUUGCAAACCUUUGAAAAAUUACAUUUACAACACACAACCAAUUGGAAAACCUCCAGUCUCUGUGGUCAAUACAUCGAUUCCAAAUACGCCCACAACAGUUAUAUCAUCUCAGAAUAUUGUUAAAAUGAAUGUUCCAUCAGGAAAUGUUCAGCAACCGCCAACAAUUUAUAAUUUGGGCAAUAUCAUUCCACCAAAUGUAAACAGUACAAAAUAUGUUGCACAGCCACCAACGCAAGUUCAACAGCAACAAAAAACUAUUGUUAUGCAGCCACACAGUCAAACAACUAUUAUUCAUCCAGUUCCUCCACAUACUACUGUGUCAGGAAUGCCGCAUCCUCAAAAUAAACCGCAAAUUAUUCAUCAAAAAAUACCACCAAAUACAUCACAACCUCAAAUUGUUAUACAUCCACAAGCCCAUCAAAUGCCUUUAAUUACGAAUCAACAGCAUGGAGCUGGAAAUUUAAUGAUAAAUAUUCCAAAUUCAACAAGUGGAAGUCCAAGCAUUCCAUCGCCAUCUCGAAUGACAGUUAAGCAAGUUAUUCAAAGAACGCUUCCAACUCAACAGAUGCCUCCAUCAGCUACAGUUGUCGUAAAAGCGACACAACAGCCAACACAGCAUACACAUACUGUAAUAUCGAGUCAGGAAGGACCAAAAGUAACACAACAAGGAGUUAGAACAACUUACAUUCCACCUGGAACGAAAAUUGUUAAUGCACCAGUUGGAUAUAGUGACAAUCGUGAGGUGAUAUUUGUUGAAGGCAAACACAAGAUGUUUCCAAAUUAUCAAACAAAAUAUGCUCCACAUCAGCAGUCACUUCCAUCUCCAACGCAAUCAAAACCACCUCAACAGAUUGUUCAGCAAAUUCAUCAAGGACCAAUGCAGCAACAAUCACAGCAGCAAACUAAAAUUAUUGAGAAGAUUCCAAAUCAGCCACAAGUUAGCGUACAGCACAUUCCCAUGCCAAUUUCGCAUCAACAGAAAGUUUAUAUAACAAACUCGGGACAAGUAAUUUCUAAUAUUCCAAUUACAUCACAACCACAUGAGGUAGUUCAGAAUGAUAGACAGCAAUGGGUAGCACAUGAGAAAGCGCCAUUAAAACGAUACGUAAUGGAAUAUGAGGAUCAUCAGAGAGCACAACAACAACAACAUCAAUCUCAGCAGCAACCGUCACAAAUGGCACAAGCAUCUCCAAUUCCUAGAAAGCAGACAUAUGUGAUUGAGACACCAAGUGGACAUCCACCUCAGCCAGUUCAUCAUGCACCAACAAUUGUUAAUCAUCCAAGUAAAACGAUUAUUGGAUUGACUCAGCCACCUCAAAUUCUAACUGGUGCUGUUGCCUCUCCACCAUUAAAGGCACACAUCGGUAGUCAACAACCAAUCGUUACAGGUGCAAGUAGUUCAAGGAUUGCAAUUCCAACAGUAAGUCCAAAGGAUCAACAUAUUCCACCAAGGCAUUAUCCUCCUGAAGCUUUUGAGGAUUCAGUUAUGCGUCCACCAUAUUUGAUGACCAAAUUAUAUCCGCAACCGACAAUGUAUAUGCGAGGAUCGGAAUAUGGUCGACUUCCAAUACCUCGAAUUGGAAUGCCAGGCACAACAGAACAACAAAGGGAAUUGCCAGAAAUUGAAGAACCAAGAGCUGCUAGUCCUCCAUUAGAAUUACGACGAACAACAUCAAUGCCGUUACAAAGUCCUAGCGAUAGAAUAACUGAUUCACCAAUGAUGGCUCCAUUAUAUCUAUCACCUCGAAUACCUCAACCAUAUUUCUAUGAAGGCGAGGCAAUUAAACCAUUACCAAAUACAGAACCACCACCUGCUCACCGUCCUCAUCCGACAUCUACAACUGUCUAUGCAGGACAACAACAAACAAUUCAACCAAAUUUGACCCACGUACAACGUGAGCGAGAGCAUCGUGAGAAGGAUGAUGCUGUUAAAAUUGUGUAUACACCGCAAGGUCCACCUACUCAAAAUCUCGUUGCGCCAGUAACAAACCAAAGACCAAUUCAACUGGCUACUCCACCAAUUGCAAGUCAAGUACCACCACAUGCUGAUACAUUAUCGAGGUUACUUGAACGUUAUCCACUCAUGUGGCAAGGAUUAUUGGCUCUUAAGACUGAACAGGCUGCUGUACAAAUGCACUUUGUGCAUGGAAACAAAAAGAUUGCAAAGGCUGCAUUGCCAAUUAAUGCUGAUCAUACAACACCACCAUUAAGAAUUGCACAACGUAUGCGAUUAGAACCAUCGCAAAUUGAUGGAGUCGCUAGAAAAAUGACGAUUGAAGAUGAACAUUGCGUGUUACUUGCACUACCAUGUGGCUUCGACUACAGUGACGUACUAAGGCAAACCGAGAAUCUUCAAGUUAGUUUCAUCAACUAUCUUCAAUUAAAACAGGCUGCAGGUAUCAUAAAUAUCGCAGAUCCAGGAAGUCAAAAUGCAUCUUAUGUCGUUCACAUCUUUCCAUCAUGUGAUUUUGCGAAUGAUAGCUUACAACGCAUUGCGCCUGAUUUGAUGUUCAAAGUUGCUAAUAUUGCUUAUUUGCUUAUUGUCAUUGCAACCGUAUAAGAACCAAAAACAAAACUCCCCGAUGAAGACUUUAACCUGAAUGUGACACUAUCGAAACUUAAGUACUAGAUUCGAAACAAAAAAAUCCCGAUUAUGACGAAUUUAAAAAUUAAAGAAAAAUAUUGAAAAAUUAUGAUGAAUGAAGAAAAAGGAUAUUGACAUUUAUCACACACAAACAUAUAGAUACACACACACGUACAUAUAAUAAACACUAAAUAAAUGGUGAAAAAAGAACACUCAUACAUGGAAAACAUACACACACACACACACAUGCGCGUAUAAUAAAAAGUAAUAAAUUAUCAACAAAAAAAUGAAAAGAAUAUAAACCUUGAUCUCAUGAAAUUCAUUUUUUUAUUAAAAAAAAAUCUUAAAAAAGUAAAGUAUGAAAAAAAUUGUUAAAAUAAAGAAGUUAUAAAUGGAAAUGGAUUGGAUUAGAGUAAAGGUUUAUUGAAAUGCUAAAAAAAUAAAUUUUUUUUGAGGAAACAGUGAAGAUAAGUUUUAAAAAAAAAGAGAGUAAAAAAUGUUAAAUGGCGAGAAAUAAUAAUAAUUAAUUAUAUUAAUGAUAAUGAUAAAAAAAGAAUAAUAUUAAUAAAUUUAUAGUAAUAGUAAUGAUAAAGAAAUGUUGCAUAAGUUUUUAAAUUUCUGUGAUUUUUUUCAAAAAAUAUGAGGGAAAAACUUUAAAAAAAAGAGUAAAAUAAAUUAAUUAUUUCAUAAAACGGUGGUGUUUUUCGUAUAUGGCAAGUUGAUAUAUGUCCCUUAGACUAUCUUAUGUCGAAUAAAUUCCAUCUUUAUUUCGUAUUAUUAUAGCUUUGGGGACUAUAACAAUGAUCCAUAUAGAAAUUCAUCUUUUUUGAUCGAUUUCCAGGAGAUUGUUGAAGCUUUCACCAACUUACUAGAUAAUCACUGAAACUCUUUAAACUUUGGUUAAUAAAAUAUUACAAACCCUAAGUCUUACAACAUCUUCAACAGUCGAGUUGGAAAUCGAGAGAAUUUGGAGCUGAAAAACUUUUCUGGCUUGAUUUGAAAAUUCAGGUUAACUUUAGUUCUGGUCCUGAAAUGCUAGGUCUUUUCAGUGCUGGGAAUGAAAACUUUAUAAUUUAAAGUUGUUCACAAAAAAGUGGCAAUAAGAUUUAAAUUGACUACUUAGCAUUGUGGUGCUGCUUGGUCCGUGUAUUGACAAUAGCAACGCCAUUGCCAUAACUAGUCAAUCUAAAACUCAUUGUAGCUUUAUCGGAAGGCACACUGCGUAAAAUAGACAAAAAAUGUGGUGACAGGACGGCAUGAAUGUGGCACGACGCUAGAUUUGGUGAAAUCCCUCGUUUAUGCUGUCCUGAACAACAUUUUUUACCAUUUUUAAACCGUGUGCUUUCCAGGUCUAAUUUAUGAAUCAAACCUUUGUGAACUGAGAUUUGUUUAAAAGCUUUCUACAUGGGAAAUGCUUAAUAAACUCUCAUGAAGAUUCACAUCCAGCCAUAAAAAUUCAUCAACUCUAGAGAAAAAAAAAAUUUAAAGUGGAAAUUAAAAGUAUUAAAAAGUCAAGCCCGUGUGAAUAACUGAUCACUCAAAUAUGCCGAUAUUCGUCAUUUUUUGAUUCUCAUGAAGCAACGGGAUGAACUUGACUAAUUUCAAGUUUCUUUUACUGUUUUUCUUCGAAUUAAAAAUAAGAAAAAGAUUCUUUCAUGAAAAAUAGAAAUGAUGAAAAAUUAAUGAUUGAAUUUCUUUUGUUUUCCGUCACCUCAAAAAAAGAAAAAUGUGAAAAAGAAUUGAAAAAUUGUUGAAUCAUUAAAAGUUGUUUUUAUUAUUUUUAAUAUUAUUAUUUUAACUUAAUAAUGUAAAUAAAUGUAAUUUUUAUUACACAAGAAAAAGAAUAAUGGACAGACGAGGACGAGGAAAGUCUUAUAAAUUGGAUUAUAAAAAAAAAGUUCUAGAUUGUGACUGAAAACAAAAGAAAUUUGGAAUGUCAUCAACCAAGCUUGUAACAAAGAAAUGAAUUGUUGGUGAUUAUCUAAAGAAGAAAAAAGUUUUUAAAUAAUGUAAAUAUAACUUAACUUAAUUAAGUUGUUUUUAGUUGCAUAGAUCACAAUGGACAUAAAACACUUAGGCUAAAAUACACAUUUGACGAAAUGGUACGAAAAAAAAAUUAAGAAAUAAAUUGAUUCAUUUCGAUUGAACGAUGUGACAGAAAUCAUCGCCGAUGAGUGAUGAAUGAAUCAUUCACAUUUUCUCCUAAGAUGAUGAAUAAAUUUCCCCAAAAACCUAUAAAAAGUGAAAAGAAAAACAAAAAUUUCAUUUUCCCAAACCUUUUUUGGCUUUAUUGCUAAGAGGUAUCGAGUAGGCAACUGUUUAAGGUUUGUGGCGCCAAAAACUAAGUUCCAAAAAAAUAAAGUUCAGAUUUUGGAGUUUCCUGUAUAGUUUGAGACUAAGAUUAGCACAAAAUAUCAUAAACUACAUCAGUUGCUCCUUAGUCUAGAUUUUGAGAACCUUACAUUUGCUAAGCCACUACUCACUCAGAAUAAAUUAGAGCAUUUCUUAACAACUUUCCCAGUUAACCUCUAUCUUCAAAAAUAUCUGGCUUUAACCUUAUUGUUUAGCUAUCAAAAUCAAGUUGAUUUCAUUCUCACGUGUUCAAUCGUCAUGCUACACGAUGGAUUGUUUGCAAAAAAUUCUAAAAUUUACGAGAAAUCAUGGAGUUUGAG